AAAUCAACGGAGAAUAAAUCCAAUAAUAACAAUAAAACAUAUUUUAAAAAAAUGAUAAUCCAAAAGCAUUUUUCUUUGGCUAAAUUGUAGGAGGAGUAAACUUUGAUAACUCUAAUGGCUUAUUUUGUGAAAUGGUAAUAGAAAUAGGUCCUAAAUGGAAACUUAAAAAUUGUUUACAACAACCUUAAAUAAUACAAUAAAAUUUAAUAGAAAGCAUUUAAACUUAAACAGCAUAUGCAGAUCAAAAUAAUUUAUUCUUAUGGAGUCAUCCAUUUGAUUUUGAAUUUGAAACUAGUACAGUUAAUGGCUGGCCAAAAGCAAUAUUUAAAGUUUGGAAUGUAGAUUAUCAUAAUAAAAUAGAUAUAGUUUCCUAUGGAAUCAUGAAUUUCCCAAAUCAUUAAGGAUUUCAUAAAAUAAAAAUUAAUACUUGGUCACCUUUAGGAAAUUGGUAAUAUGGAAAUCAAUAAAUAUUCUUAGGAAACCAAGCACGCUUAUCAAAUUUAGAUUUUGUUAAAUAUCAUGAAGAUAAGGACUCCAUUUUAGGAUAAUCAAAUGGAUAAAUAAUUGUAGAGUUUGAU